CUAUCAUAUCAAUAUGUCAUCUAACAAUAGUAACGGACUUAAAAGAGUUGCAGAAACAAAUGGAGCAGAUGUUUCGGAUCCUAAAAAGCCAAAAUUGGAUCCGGAUGCCCAAUUGGAUGAUAUCUUUAGCGAACCUGACUUUCUUACACCAAGUCAAGAAUUAAAUACCAAUGUCAAUGAAGACUUUUCGGACUUACCAGGUAAGAUACUAGAGAGUAAUGUAUUGAGUGAAGGAAACAAAGUAGAUGUUCAACAACCGCAAUCUCAACCGCAAUCUCAAUCACAAGCACAACCACAAGUACAACCACAAGCACAAGCACAAUCUCAAUCUCAACCAGUACAACCACCCAUUCUGACUAUACCUCAAUCACAAUCAUUAACACAGAUACCACUUGAAACAGGAGGAGCUCAAGUGCCACUUACAGGUCAAACCUUAGGUCAACAACAAGCUCAACAAAAAGUUCUGAAUGAUCCAUCACGAUUAAAUGAUGCUAUUGUUGCGGCAGGAGUUGAUAUUCAACAAGAAGAAGAAUUAUUAUUACAACAACAAUAUAGAAGAGAUGAUGUUUCAAAAGAUUUAAAACAAAUUAUACGUUCAUCUAAACCACCACCAUUUCUUAAUGGAUAUCAUCUUGCAUCAUUUGUUACUAAAGUUGCUCGAGAAAAUGGUGUACAACAAUAUUUUCUUCAAGAAGCUGAAUUAUUAGAAUUAGUAUCAGCCGCUUGUGAAACAUGGUUAUCUAAUAUUAUUCAUAAAACCAUCAUAUUAGCUCGUCAUCGUAGAAGAGGAAUUCCUGCCUUAAAUCCCAAAAAUAAAAAGCCUGGUAGUGGUAGUGGUAGUAGCAAUAGUAGUAGUAGUUCAGUAGUAAGAUCAGAAUUAUCCAAGGAAUUACGUAAUUUAGCAUUGAGACAGAAAGAUUUAGAAGAAAGAAGAGUUCAAAAACGUAUAGCAUUAGGACUUGAAAAGAAUGAUAUUGAUGGUAAUGGAGAUGGAAGUGAUUCAAAAGCUGGAGUUGAAGAAACUUUACAUAGAGCAGCCAAUGCUACAGCAGCUAUGAUGUCAAAUACUGGUAGAAAGAAAUAUUCAUGGAUGACAUCAGCUAAUGGAGGAGCCACUGAUGCUAGUAAAGGUAGUGAUGAAAAGGGUAAGAAGAGUUCUAUAAUAUCGAUUAGAGGAGAGAAUGGAUUAAGAUAUCGAGAGAUUAGAACUGGGAAUUCUGUUACUAUGAAGGAUUUAUUAGGAGCUAUUGAAGGAGAAAGGAUGGGGACUGAUAAAGCGAUAGUGAAGGCUUAUGCGAAACUUAAGGAUUGAGUGUAGUAAUUUAGUUAUCUUAAUUAUAUACAGUCUUCUGUCUUAACUAGUAAGUAUGUAAAGGUGUACC